AUGGCAAACAGGAAAUGGCAAAGCACCACAGUGGCCAUGCUGGAUCACCCUACAAGAGCCUGCCCUUCUUCUCCUCAUGGCCAAGCAACCGAGAAGGCCAAAAGUACUUUGCCCGAGGAAGACUAUGGGGAGAAGGUGAUGGAUGCAGUAUCAGUCGGUCAAGGUAGCUUUCCCCCGGUAGACUCCGAGCAUAUUGAUAACAGCGGCGAUGGGGACUCUAGUUCAGAUUAUGUCAACAACACUUCGGAGGAGGAGGAUUAUGAUGAAGGGCUUCCAGAGGAAGAGGAAGGAAUCACCUACUACAUUCGAUAUUGUCCGGAGGAUGACAGUUACCUGGAAGGAAUGGAUUGCAACGGAGAAGAAUACGUCCCCCAAGAAGUGCAUCACGUGGAGACGGACGAGUGCCAGGAAGCUAUCGAGGAAGGAGAAUGGGUGGAGACCAAAAUUCAGCACCAGGACAACGUGGCCGAAGCCGUGGGCUACCACGAAGGCUGCAUCCAGAUUCUGGAAAGCGAGGUGGCCUGUUUAGAAAUCCAGGACCAAGACGAGAGCCUGCGGUAUUGCCAUCCCGGCGAAGGCGGGUACUACUCCCCGGAAGCCAACGGCAACUCCCGCCGGAUGUCCCCUUACCACGGCAGGACGGAAGAGAGAGAUUUGGAAGAGCAGGAAGAAGACAUCGACCAGAUUGUGGCGGAGAUCAAGAUGAGCAUGAGUAUGAACAGCAUCAACAGCGCAUCGGAAAUGAGCCCGGAGCACGACGGCACUGAAAACGUGCCCAAUGACUAUGCAGAGACGUGUCCCAAGGGAGAGCCCGGCCAUGUGGCCAGUCGGCACCUGGGGCGGCCCAAGUCCUUGAACAUCCCUCCAGCCUCCAAGCAACUUGGAGAUGCCCCAAGAGGCUUCAAGACCAAGUCCAGGACUCCAGAGGACAGACAGGCCUGGCCACAAGAACAGGUAUGCAAUGGCUUAGAACAACCCAGGAAGCAACAACGCUGUGAUCUCAAUGGGCCGAUCGACAACAAUAAUAUGCUGGAG